GGCAUCAGUUAAAAUAGUUCCUUCUGAUUUUAUCUUAAGCCCGCAUAAAAAUAGUUCCAAUGGAGGGAUUUGAGCUCAACAUGUCGGUGGUGAAGCUGAUCCUGUCUUAUCUGCUGUUCAAAGAGGCUCAUGCGCUGUCAGGGAACUUCUGGCACAUCACAGAUCUGCAUUGGGACUACACGUUCAACCUGAGCAAUGACCCUGAACUUGUGUGCAACUCAAGCAGCAAUCGACCCGCAACCAAUGCUGGGAAGUAUGGAGACUAUGUUUGUGACUCACCACUGCAUCUUAUCAACUCCUCUGUGUAUGCCAUGAAGGAUAUUCUACCAGACCCGGACUUCAUCGUGUGGACAGGAGAUAACACACCACAUGUACCCAAUAAAUACCUGGAUGAAAAGAAAGUGCUGCACAUUAUCAGCCGCCUCACUCACAUUAUAAAACAGGUCUUUCCACACACUAAAGUGUACUCCGCCCUGGGAAACCAUGACUACCACCAAAAGAACCAGCUUCCCACAUUCUCUAACAACAUCUAUAACCAGACAGCAGAAAUGUGGCAGGACUGGUUGGAUCCUGAGUCCCAAGAAACAUUUAGAAAAGGUGGAUAUUACACAGAAAGGUUGCUGAAUCGAACAGGGUUCAGGAUGCUGGUCCUCAACACUAACCUCUAUUAUGACCAAAACAAGGAGACCGUGGGUAUGGAAGAUCCAGCGGACCAGUUCAAUUGGGCUGAUCGUAUUCUUACAGAGGCCGCCAACAACAAAGAGAAGGUUUACAUCAUUGGCCACGUCCCCCCAGGUUUCUUUGAGAAGAAGAGAUUUAAGCCGUGGUUCACGUCUGAAUUCAACCAGGUAUACUUGGAGUUAAUUCAGAGGCAUCAUUCUGUCAUCCUCGGGCAGUUCUUUGGCCAUCACCACACAGACAGUUUCCGCAUGUUCUACAGCUCAGAGGAGCCACGCUCUCCUAUCAGUACCAUGUUCCUCAGCCCAGGGGUCACACCGUGGAAAACAACACUUCCUGGAGUCGAGGAUGGCGCAAACAACCCUGGGAUUCGUGUCUUUGAAUAUGACACCCAAACACUCCUGGUCAAAGAUGUGGUGACUUAUUAUCUGAACCUGACUCAUGCUAAUGGAGCACGUGGGCGCUGGGAGAAAGAGUACCGCCUUACAGAGAGCUUCAGAGUGCCGGACGCCUCCCCAGCUUCCAUGCACCAGGUCCUGGAGCGCAUAGCUAACAACCGCUGCUACCUGCAGAAGUACUACGAGUUCAACUCUGUCAGUUAUGACCUGACAGAGUGUGACAGCGACUGCCGCAUUGACCACGUUUGUGCAGCCAGAGAGGUGGACUUUGAGAAGUACGAAUGCUGCCUGCAAAAAGAAGGUGCCGCUGCUAUUCAGAGUGGGAUUCUGCCACUCAUCUCUGUGGCUGUAAGUCUGGUGUUGGCCAGUCGGUAAUGAUGGUCGUCACCUAUCACAGAGGAUGUUUAAAAUAUAUUAUUGAUGCCUCAGGAU